UUUGAUUAUCAUCCUCGACCUUUCAUUUUCUUUUUAUUUCCUGCAUAUCCUUUCCAUCUCUUCCUUGCCCAUACGCUUCAGUCCUUUUCCCUCUUUACUCCAGAUCACUCAUGGCCAGCACCGUGCUGGCCCCAUCUUCCACCGCAACCAGCCCUUCAUCCCCGUCUUUCGACCAUUUUCACAGGCAGAGCCUCGUUUCUUCCUCAGGAGCUUCCUUCCAAACAGCAAGGACAGCGCCCUUGUCUGCUGCUUCUCACAAUUCUCUUUCUAGCUCGCGCUCGUCAUCCGCACACACUUUGGGUCCAACGUCCAGUAGCAACCGCGAACCUGAGAAUGUCAAUCCAAUGCACAUUAUGAGCCGCCAGGCUGCCCAGAACAUCCACUCCCAAGAAAUGCAUAUCGUCAAGGUAACAGGCGACAAAGUCCAACUGGAGGCGGGCCCAGUUCCAGAUACACUGUUUACAAAAGUGGGAAGAUCUCUGAUGCAUGUUGUGCCAAGUGAUACUCUGAACGAUAAGUU